ACGACCCACAGCUACUAUAUUACCAGGUACCGACACAACCCACACAACCAACACAACCCACACAACCAAAAGAGACAGAUACACAGAGCAACCACCAACAAACCACCGAAGAAGGCUGGUUGCACGCCCAGCUUUGUCUCUCAAUCGACACAGCCCCAUCUAGCUUUAGUAUCAUCAUCAUCAUUCGAGAACCUCGCUUUCGGCUUUAUCUUCGCAGCUGUCGCCUUACUAGUACUCCCUGGGCGCUUCCAGUUCAUUUCCUUUCCUUGCCUUCGUUCAUUGGUUUCUUACAGACCUCAGUCCUCGCACAGUUUUCACCUUCGCCAAAGCCCAAAGCACCAUGAGCCCCAAGGAUACCCCCACGAAGACCGAUAAGGACCUGGAAAGCCAACUCGGCACUGCGAGGACUCAUCAGCAGGAGCAGGAGGCGAUUGAUGACCUGGCCCGUGAGAUCUUGCGUCUCACUUCUCCGUUCUCCGAAGAACCAGCCGACGAGGAAGAUGUCGGCUCCAGCGAGACGGAAGGAAUCGACCAGUCCAAGUUGGUUCAGUCCGUCAUAGACCGAAUCACUGCUGCCGCUCUCGAGCAGAUCGCAACCGAACAAAAGGCAAAGGACGAAGACACUGCUUGCUGUACUAGUAUGGAAAAGCGGUUGCCCAGCAGCAAGAAGGAGGAGCACAAGAAGAUCCGUCCGACGACCCAUCCAGGUAUCUUGCAAGCUACUACGAGUAGCAGCGGCAGUAACCAGAUCCCCGUUGUGCCACCCACGCAAUUGGUCCGCAACACAGCGAGCAACACGCCUCGGGCAGUUGGAUCGCCUGGAGCCUAUGCAGUCGCACCCAGCAGUGAACUGAGUGGGCGUGACCCAGACAGCAGUACGACCUCCUCUUCUCGUGAUCUAGUAGAGUCUCCAUCGCCAGCUGUAAUGACCGCUGGUGCCGCUGUCGGAGGCAGCGACGACGGCGCCACGACCUUGGAGGCCGUUCGAGUGGAUGACAUCACGGUAAGGGCAGAGCCAAUGCAGGAAGGUGAAGGCUCCAAGAGCCAUUCGCAACAUAAGAUCUUCUGGGGCAGUGCUGCUACCAUACUCUUGCUGGUACUGAUCCUUGCCACGACACUGACAAGGUCCAAGGAUGAUGGCAGUGAUGAUUUGCCGGCAGAAACACUUUCCCCCACCUAUGAUCCGGACACACGCUUAUCUCUUUUGCGAGAGUUUGUCUUUCAGGAAAUGAAGCCGCUCUAUGAACGCAACUACAAGAACAAACGAGGCGUGGAUGGGGAGCUUAUCAAUGCUACCAUGCUGUUGGAGGAUGCUCUCUACGAUCCUCAAGCACCCCAGAAUCAGGCAUGUCUGUGGCUUGCUCACGAAGACAGUGAGGUGGCAGAAAUCAGACAACCUUGGCUCGACCAAGGUUACAUCAGUAGCAGCUCCAACACUUCCUCCUCCUCUAUCACGACCACCAAUGUCUCAAGUUCUCUGCGCAACACUGCAGGUCGGCGAUUACUGCGUCAUCAGCCAGCCAAGCGUCGGACCAUCAUCCAGCGCUAUGUACUGGCUGUCUUGUAUUAUUCCACCACAGAAGCCAACGUCAGCGACUGGACAGACUCCUUUGAGUUCUUGACCGAUGGCCCAGAAUGUGACUGGUCCGGAUCCCUGUUGUGUGAUUCCAAUGGGUCCAUCACUCACUUGGAGUUGCAGAAGAAUAACCUACAGGGGACGAUUCCUCUAGAGCUUGGUGCCCUGACAGCUCUGGAUUUCUUGCAGCUCGGUGGUAACCCCCUGCAAGGGACACUGCCAGAAGCACUCAGUGAGCUGACUAGCAUGAAGAAGUUUGAUGUUGCAUCCAAUGACCUGACUGGCACGGUUCCAGACUCCCUGUACCAAAGCUGGAAGGGCAUUGAAACCUGGAACUUGGCUACGAACCAUUUCUCAGGAACUGUUUCUUCGCACCUAAGUGAGUUGGUGAAUCUCAAGGCCAUGGCUUGGGCAGGAAACGAUCUGGAAGGAACCUUCCCUGCUUCUGUUUGGACAAAUUUGUCCAAACUGGAGGAGAUUGACUUCUCAAGGCAAACUGCAAUGUCAUUUUUUAUUGGCACAGAGAUUGGCAAAUGCUCCAAUCUACAGAGCCUUGCCUUCAAUAACAUGGUGCAUGAUGGUUCCAUUCCCACACAGCUAGGGUUGCUGACGAAAAUGACACAUUUGGGACUCGCGGGCAACCACAUAACGGGCACUCUUCCGAGUGAAAUUGGAGCCUUCAGCCAGCUUGAUUAUUUGACUAUGAGCAUGAAUGCGUUCACUGGAACUGUGCCAACCGAGUUUGCCCAGCUGACUUCAUUGACGCGCCUGUUCUUGCAAAACACUUUGCUGACAGGUGACGUUUCCUUCUUAUGUGAAGCCAUUGAUUCAGGGAGAAUGAAUCCUUUGGAUCACAUGCGGUUUGACAUGCAAGAAGUUACGGGAUGUUCCUGCUGUACAUGCUGUCACUACUAAUGUUAGUGACUGGUGUUUUUUGUAUACGGUAGGGAUCUUCUUAGGGUGCCAUGUGGAAAAUGCGUCUCAAACGGCAGUAAUGCACAUAUCAAAAGCAUAGCUUGAUUAUCAACUCUUGCUCCAGAAUAGCCUGGCUUGGAUUCCUUCUCACCUGUAAAGUUAGUUGCAUGUUCCGGCUACACCAACCUCUUCUCG